AUGUUUACCGAAAGUUGGUUCCGCUUCUGGGCAGUCAGUCAUCACGUCGUAGGGUUCGGCCAUAUAGGUAAUGGAAACUUGCAUUUGAACGUUGCUACAAAGCAGCUUGAUAAGAACGUCGAAAAAGAUUUUGAACUUUGGGUAUUUGAACGGGUUGCUGCUCUUCAAGGUUCAAUUUCAUCUGAGCAAGGGCUUGGUUUUCUGAAAAGAGCGUAUAUUGGGUACUCCAAAACACCUUAA